AUUACAGGUCACAUGCAGAGAAACAGCAGCAGCGUCGAUUUUCCGAAGAUUCCCGAUUCGGAGCUCGACUUGCCGGAAGAUCCGGGUACUGGGCUUCCACCUCAACAUAACAGCAAUGGCGGAGGCAGCAGCUUCAGCGGCUCCAGCAAUAACAGGAGCCUGGACCAAACACGUCACCUGCAGGUAUUUCAUGCACGGGCUUUGCAAAGAAGGCAUCAACUGUCGAUAUUCCCAUGAUCUCAACACCAGCCAACCAGCUGCAGCUAUGAUUUGCAAGUUCUUUCAGAAAGGAAACUGUGUGUUUGGCGACCGGUGCAGGUUUGAACACUCUAAAGAAGACAUGCCUGGGCCCAAGCCGUCGCUGCCGUCCUCUGCCUCCGCCUGCGCCCUUCUCACUCCUACGUCCCUCACCGCCAGCGCCCUGGCCCCCGUUCCCAGUGGAUCAGCGGGUGGUGAGUCAGCGGACGGCCCAGAGAACCCUCAUGGAUCCGGGGCAGGGGACUGGGUUAUGGCUGCAGAGUUUGUACCAGGCCAGCCGUACUAUUGUGGAAGGGACCCGGUGAAGUCUGAAGGCAUGAGGAUGGGUCCUCUGCUGGAGCAAGAGAAAGACCCAGCGGUAGACAAUAAGGAGUUGAGGAAGACUCUGUGUCCCUACGCCGCCAUGGGGGAGUGUCGCUACGGACUUAACUGUGCCUAUCUCCACGGCGACGUGUGUGACAUGUGCGGUCUGCAGGUGCUCCAUCCCUCCAACGACGCACAGCGAUCGGAACACACCAAGGCUUGCAUCGAGGCCCAUGAGAAGGACAUGGAGCUGUCGUUUGCCAUCCAGCGCAGUAAGGACAUGCAGUGUGGCGUGUGUAUGGAGGUGGUGUUUGACAAGGCCAACCCCAGUGAGAGACGCUUCGGCAUCCUGUCCAACUGCUGCCACUGUUACUGCCUCAAGUGCAUCCGCAAGUGGAGGAGCGCCAAGACGUUCGAGAGCAAGAUCAUCAAGUCCUGUCCAGAGUGUCGGGUCACGUCCAACUUCGUCAUCCCCAGUGAGUACUGGGUGGAGGACAAGGAAGACAAGCAGAAACUGAUACAGAAAUACAAAGAUGGCAUGAGGUAAGCUAUGUACUGAUGAUAGGAGGGGGUAAGCUAUGUACUGAUGAUAGGAGGAGGGGGUAAGCU